AUGUGGCUCUCAGGUGGUCCCGGCUGCUCCUCGCAGCUGGCCCUGUUCGCAGAGAACGGGCCCUGCAAAGUGUCGAAGGAUGGCCAGCGCACCUAUCCCAACCCCGCUUCCUGGCACAACGCAGCCAACGUGAUGUGGGUCGACCAGCCUGCAGGGGUGGGCUUCUCUACCGGCAUUGGCACCCACAACGAGCAGGGAGUUGCGGACAACAUGUACGUGUUCUUGCAGAAGUUCUUCCAGCAGUUCCCGCAGUACCAGAAGACCAGCUUCUUUGUAUUCGGGGAGUCCUACGCAGGACACUACGUGCCUGCGAUAACCCACCGCAUCUGGAGCGGCAACAAGGCCGACGAGGGACUCCACAUCCCGCUCAAGGGCCUAGCGAUCGGCAACGGGCUGACCGACCCGUUGGAGCAGUACAAGUGGUAUCCCGAGAUGGGCCACUUCGGUGGACAGCAGGAGGGAGGGCACGCGCCGGCAAACGUGAUCAGCAAGGGCGACUACUACAUCAUGAAAGCGCUGGUCCCGGCGUGUGAGCUUGGGAUCAUUGCCUGCAACAGAGGCGUGGACCCAGACCCCCAGACCGGCGGCGUGGUCAACGCCACGGCCUGCUUUGCGGCCUACGACGCGUGCAACUUCAUGGCCAUCAUGCCGUACGAGUUGACAGGCAAGAACCCCUACGACAUGCGCAUCCUCUGCGAGCACGGGCGCCUGUGCUACGACUUCGACAUGAUCACGACCUACUUGAACAAGCCGGAGGUGCAAGCAGCGUUGGGCGUCAAGAAGACCUGGGGCUCCUGUAACAUGGCGGUGGACCUGUCCUUCGUCACUGCUGGAGACUGGCUGAUCCGGUACCAGGGCUUGAUCCCCGAUCUCCUCAAAGAUGGCAUCGAUGUGCUGAUCUACGCCGGGGACGUGGACUACAUCUGCAACUGGCUGGGGAACAAGGCCUGGACAAUGAAGCUCGACUGGGAGCACGCGGCGGAGUUUAACCAGGCCAAAGACGAGGAGUGGAAGGUUAACUUCCGCACAGCGGCGAAGCUUCGGUCCUCCAACGGCCUCAGCUUCAUGCAGGUCUUCGAGGCCGGUCACAUGGUGCCCAUGGACCAGCCACAGGUGGCCCUGGAGAUGGUUCGCCAGUUCGUGAGCGGCAAGCUGCAGCAACACCAGGUCGAGCCUGAGCUCGUUGUGUAG